CCAAUUUUUAUGGAAUGUUAAUGCACUUUUACGUAUUUAUGUUCGUUAAGAAUAACUUGACGAUGUACUAAUGAUUUUAUGCAUUUUGCUUAUCGUCAAAUUUUUUAAUAGUGAUUUUAUCGUAAUUAACUAGAAACUUUGCAAGAUAAAUUAUUUAAUUUUUUACAUUUUUUUUCGAUUAUUUAAUAGUAGUAAUAUUUUUUUCCAGCAAUAUGCCUCCUGUUUCCAGUAUGGCUCCAAGUCCUUGUCUUCAGCAAAGGGACGCUUCCGCUUACCCUUACAUGUUACACGACACGCUUAGUUUGGGCACGUAUUCUCGAGCUUCGUGCACACCCGCUCAGCCCAUGACUAAUCAUCCCUCUUACGCUGUUAGUGGUGCUAGUCCUCAUGGUGCAGCUGGUGUGAUAUCACCAGGAGUGACAGUACCUGUGCAGGUACCGGGACAAUCUCCGGAUAUACCUGUAACAACUAACUAUUGGCCAAGAAUCCAGUGACAAAAAGCAUCUUGUUCUGUCAUCUGGAGCGAUUUGAAGAGAUCAACUCAAUCAAUGUCGUCGUCGGUAAUGUUGAAUCUUCUGAGAAAGUGAUGGCAGUUCAAGUGCAUCACAUUAGAACCUAUGUAAAAAAAACAACAAAACAAAAACAAAUAUAUAUUAAAUCAGCGAACGUUAGAAGAGAUGCAAGAUGAAAUUACAAUCCUCGUUUAGAAAAAUGAUUAUCGGAAGUUUGACGUGAAAAACGUUUUAUUUGGAGUUUUUGAAAGCUUGUUACUUUUUAGAUACGUUUGAAGACCAUUUGCCAAUCUUACUAGUCAAAAGUUAUGUAUGAUAAUGCAAUGCAAUAUCAGUCUUUUAGAAUUUAAGGGAAAAAAGAUGUAAGCUCGUAUGUUUUCCUUUUCAUUUUAGAAUUCAACCGUGUUUUAAGAUGAAAUUUCGUCCAUAAUCAUUCAUAUUAAAGAAAACAAAAAUUUGCUCACCAUAUUCUUAAAAGAAAGCUGACCCGUUAUAAACACAGUAUUUUAGUCUUCCCUUUUGAAAAAUCUGAUGACCAUAACCACCCAAAAAUUUCAUCAUAAUGUGACGCGUGAAAUGCGCGUGAACGUGACUGUGAUUCACCCCCAUCCUUUUAUGAUACAUUAAAUAGGGGUGUUGUCUGCCUGUUUACCCGUUCCUAAUAAAGCCUUGCUUUCCCACCCACAUGAUAUUGUACAGGCCAUUUUAAUGUAGUCAUCUCUAAGAAAAAAAAAUAUAGUCAAUCAAAUAAACACUUGGUGAUUUUAAAUAUUUCAUUCUCUAAAGAAAACAGAUGGUUAAAAAUUUGUAAAUAUCAAAAAAAAAAAUCUUCGUGACAAAAUGGCGGCCAUUAAAAGCGCUCCUUAGACGCAGAAAUUUCGUUUAGAAUUUCAAUUUAAUGUAUUUAAAUAAAGUCUAUUUAUAUAGUAGACAAAGUGUCGAAUAUUUAAUGAACAGAUUUUGACAUUGAUGUAUGAGUGCAUGUGUAAUACAGCACGAAUUAAUAUAUUCAAAUGUAUGUUUUAAUAUUUUUGUGAGGUUUUUUGAAUCGUGUGAAUUGUUAAUGCUUCUCAACAAAGAAGAAAACAUGAAAAUUUCCUUUUAUGCAAUUCAAAUUGAUUUAUUUGAAAAACUGUAGCAAACGAACGAAACUCGCCAUCAAUAAUUCAAAAAAAAAAAAAAACUGAUCUCCCUUAAUCACAAUUACAUAUGAUUUUAAUGUCCUUCCAAAAGCUUAUUAAUUUUUAUUUUAA